UGUGGAGGAGCUGAGGAUCCUGUUUCCAACACUGAUUUUGUGAUGGAAAACGAUUUGUUGAGAAAAUUAAGAGAAAACAUGAAACGUGUUCUUACUCAAGAGGAAGAAAUAUCGAGACUUCCUCUUCUGUCAUCUGCCACUGAAGAACGGAGACGUGCUGAGAACUCCCAGGUUUCCAGACAUCCAGAAAUGCGCGUGGGCCAGGAUUUAAGUUUAAAGUUGCGUUCCCCUCAGAUUGUUCAGACAAAAACUGAAAGACUGGAAGUAGAUCUGAAGAGAGCGAGGGGCCAGAGUUAUAUGAAGACAAUGGAAAUAUCAAAACUUCUGGCAGAAAAAGAGGAGCUGGAACUAAAAAUUCAGGAGCUUACAAAUAAAAAUAUACAAUUGGCCAAAGAAAAAGAAAAACUUUGUGAACAGUAUGAAGAAAAGCUGAGCAGGAAAAAUCAUUCAGAUGAGUCUGGGCAGCUGGAAAAACUCAGACGAGAGAAUGAGAGUCUCAGCUGCAAGGUGCAGAAACACGCUGAAGAAAAAGCAGAGCUCCUACGAGAAAAUAAUGACCUCAAAGACGAACUUUAUCGAAAGACAACACUGAUGUCAUUAAUGACAUUAGAAAACAAAAGACUCAAAUUAAGGCCGAGAUGGUGA